AUCAUGUACUAGGGAUUUACAGGGACUAGUCUCAAUAGGACCACAGGGUAACAUUCAGCGGCCAGCCGUCACUAAGGAGACUCUGAGAGAGACCUGUGCCCUGCAGAGGACAAUGAUGUACCUGAAUUCCUUUAAUCCGGAUGCCUUUAUAUGCGACAAGGCGAAGGAGCUAAGAUCGUCCAUUGGCACCUUCAUUCACAAAGUAGACGUCGGGCACAAGCUCGUGCCCUCCAGCUUCUGCAAGAAGAAAGACAAUCACAGAAACUGCAUGAAAGAAGCCAUGAAAUGGAAAGAAUCCUUCACCCAGCUGCUUAAUAGUAAAGAUGGGCUGUCGGCCUUUCGCACCUUCCUCAAGACAGAAUUCAGCGAGGAGAACUUGGAGUUCUGGAUAGCCUGUGAAGACUACAAAAAGACGCCUUCUGUGAGCAAACUUCCUGGCAAGGCUCAGUGCAUAUUUCAGGAAUUCCUCCAGACUGGAGCCCCGCGAGAGGUCAAUAUCGAUCACCAGACCAGAGAAUUCACUCGUCAGCAAGUAGAGGUCGCCUGUCGCAGCUGUUUUGACGCAGCGCAAGAACAAACUAGAACACUAAUGGAGAAGGACUCCUACCCUCGCUUUCUAAAAUCCCCCCAGUACCAGCAACUACUGACGCAGUCAACUUUUAGGAAAUUAAAAUUAACCUUCACAUGAAGGGGGACGAACAACGCAACAGAAGUGACAUCACAGAGAUACUGAGCUCAGAUUGACCUAGAGUCUUGGUACAUGAAAUCAUCCCAUACCACGCAUUUUGGACACUGGGUAUUGACUGAAGAUUGAAGGCUUCAAAGUAGAGUCUACUGUGUUGGUGACCCGAGCAGAAGAAGACAAUGAACCCAACGGUUCUCGGAAUCCCGCGCCUCCUAGUUCUUAUCCAUGAUCCUCCAUGACGGACGGUGCUCACAAAAAACAGACGCCAUCCUGUAUUUGCACCUGGGAUAUUUGCAGGACUGACUCCAUCUUCUCCCGGAGACUUGAAGUCUCCUUUUGAUCCCUAUCUUUUGUGUUCAUGCAUGUACAUUGUGUCUGGACUGCUAAGUGCCACAGCGGUAGUUU